AUGAACCCUGCAAAAAACGGGCCCGCUCGCAAUGUCCCUGCCGAAGUGCACGUACAAGAAGAAGAGAAAGUACAAGAGGACCGCAACAUAAACCACCACCGCCGUGACUCUGACAGCGGCGUGUGUGCAUCAGAAGAGAACCGAGAAAAGGACCAUUGCUGCCACGAGAGCGAAGUAGAAGAGGACGAAGACGAUGACCAAGGCCUAGACGAUGUUGAAGUUGAACAAGGAGGAGAACGUGGAGAAGGGUGGCAACAAAGGCCACUCGAAGAAGAAGAAGAAGAAGAAGAAGAGGACAAAGAGGAGCAGUGUGAAGAGGGUGAAGAGGGUGAGGAGGGUGAGGAGGGUGAAGAGGGAGAGGGUAGUGAAGACGGGGAGUACGAUGAGGUUAGCAAAGACGAGGCUAGAGCAGAAGAGGCCGAAGGGACCGAGACGGCCAACGCUCUUCUGCUUCCGCUCCGCCACCGCCGAGCCGGGGACCUACAGAGUACGCCGCGGAGCCGAAUAGUGAAAACGGUGCUGGCCGCGACCAACCUCGAAGGCCGCAGGCAAUACGGCAAAGCCAGCAAGUGGAAAGCGAUGGACGCCACGGACCUGCGAGCCUACCUUGGGCUUCUGAUCCUCGCGGGCGUGUACAGGUCCUGUAACGAGACCUUGGAGAGCCUGUGGCACGAGGAGAGCGGCAAGGCCAUUUUCCGCUCCACGAUGCCGGUUAAAUGGUUCCCCUUGUACUCGCGACUGCUGCGCUUCGACGACCGCGAGUUGAGAGCCGAAAGACUAGCCUCGGACAAACUGGCGGCCGUACGAGACGUGUGGGACGUGUGGAAGCGCCGGCUGCCUCGCCUCUACGACCCGGGUCCCGACGUGACUGUGGAUGAGCAGCUGGUGCCCUUUCGAGGUCGAUGCGCCUUUCGCCAGUACAUGCCCAGCAAGCCCGCCCGGUACGGACUCAAGUCGUGGGUGGCCUGCGACGCCUGCUCCAGCUACGCGUUGAACAUGCAGCUCUACACGGGCAAGUCGGUGAGCGGCACGCCCGAGAAGAAUCUGGGCUCCCGCGUGUUGCUGGACGUGAGCGAGGGCCUGAGGGGCCCGCACAACGUGAAGUGCGACAACUUUUUCACCUCCUACACGCUGGCCCAGCGGCUGCUCGCUGAGAGGUGCCUCACCAUGGUGGGCACGAUGCGCAAAAACAAGCCCGAGCUGCUGGGGGCGUUGCUCGCCACCAAGGGCCGUGCUGUCUUUUCGUCCAUGUUUGCCUUCACGCCCACCGCCGCUCUGGUGUCCUACGUGCCCAAGAGGAGUAGGAACGUGGUGCUGCUGAGGGGCGACGAGCUGGUGAGCGCCGACAGGCAAGCCAAACCCGCCAUCCUCCUCCACUACAACCGCACCAAGGGCGGCGUGGACAACCUGGACAAGCUCGUUGGCACGUACAGCUGCAGCAGGAAGACGGCGCGCUGGCCCCUCGCCCUGUUCCACAACGUCCUCAAGGUGUCCGCCUACAACGCCUUUGUGAUGUGGCGAGAGCUCAGGCCUUCGCCACAGCUCAACAGGAGGAGGGCGUUUCUCGAACAGUUGGGUAGGGCGCUUGUGACACCGCUCAUCGAGAGAUGACGGCAUCUGCCCCGCACGGAGGCUUCGGCCGAGCUCGUCAGAGCCGUGGCGGCGAGGUCCGCGGAGGCGGCGAGGUCCGCGGGGGCCGGAGCCGGCGUUCGGGGAGGCCGAGACAAUCGAAACGAAGUCGACGACGACGGCGACGAAGCUCAACCGAGACCGCAGAGAGUGCCCGGCAAGAGGAAGAGGUGUCAGCUCUGUCCAAAGCCCACGGAUCGCAAAACACACACCGUGUGCGGCUGCUGCGAGAGAUACAUCUGUGGGAGCUGCACGCAGGCCUACUGCGCUGAAUGCAUGAGGCCGUAG